AUGUCAUGCUGGCUUGUAGAAGGGCGAACUGUGCUGAUCCAAAAGAAAGAAGACUUGUCUGACCCGAAAAACUACAGGCCUAUCACCUGUUUGAAUGCGUUUUAUAAGAUUUUCACCAAAAUCUUGAAUAAUUGCAUUCUGCAGGAGAUAGACCCUGUAUGGCAGCAGAUAUACGAACAACGUGGCAAUAAAAGAGGCCUGUCAGGUUGCAAAGAGCAUCUGUUAGUGGAUCGUUGUGCCAUUCAAGACGCGAUCUACUAUCAGCGUAACCUGUCAAUGGCCUGGAUUGACUACCGCAAGGCAUUUGAUUCAACAUCUCAUGAGCUUAUUCUCUUCUUGCUCAAAUGCCUUGGUGUCAAUCGCGAUACAGUGGGAUGCAUUCAGCGUACGAUGCAACUUUGGCGAACACGGUUCCACAUUUCAUGUGGCAACGACAAACGUGUAACCGAAGUUGUAUAG